UUUCUUUAUAACUCCCUAGCAGGCUCUAUAUUCUAAUUACAACCCAUCACCAUGUCAGUUAUGAAAGAGAAAACCGACUAUGGAACUCCACUCCAAACUCGAAAUCGUGUUCGCGGACCAGCAGGCGAAAUAUACCAAUUCGUUGAAGUGAUGGAAAACACUGAGGACGAGAUGUACGCGACGGAUCGAGCAAGAAACAUCAUGAAACUGCUUCCAAUUACAGCUUCUGCAGCUAUCGUAUCCUCGUUCGCCUAUUGGAAACUCUACGUGGGGCAACUGUUGAUAUUUAGAUCGCGGGGACAGAACAUGAAUGCCCGUCUCUUCUUUGCUAUGAUAGACCUCCUAGUUGCUUUAUCGGUUGCGGUUAAGGCACUUCUUGACUCUAUCGCCAUCCUCACUCCCAACAGAAAAAGACCAUAUCUACGCUUGACCGGAUCGGUGGCUCCCAUGGUGGACAUCAUUAUCACGACUUGUAAUGAGGACGUGGACACCUGUCUCGACACUAUUCGGGCGGCCAUGAAUAUCGAUUAUCCAUCAUCGAAAUUCAGAGUCCUUGUUGCCGACGAUGGGGCCUGCUCCGAACUCAAGCAGGCGGUUGAGGACAUUUCGGAGAAGACCUCUCCGCAAAAAUUGUUCUACACUUCUCGUGUAAAAGGAAAGGAUGACCGUCACAAGGCCGCUAAUCUCAAUCAUGCCCUGAGAGUUCUCUCUAAACUUUCCGGGGGAUCUUCUCCCUACGUAGCAGGCUUUGAUGCCGACAUGAUCGCCGAGAGACAAUUCCUGCGCGCAUCGAUGCCACACCUUCUUGAGGAUCCUAAUCUGGGAUUUACAUGUCCUGCUGCUACUUACUACAAUAAUGCAACUAAUGACCCUCUGUUACAAUCGCAAACAGUUGUGAACAAGUUCGAAGAGUGCUUCAGAGAUCGAGUCAAUAACGCCUGGAACACAGGCUCAGGUUGGGUCUGCAGACGGGAUGCUUUAGACAACUUGGGCGGCUUUCCGAUGAAGGACAUCGCCGAGGACGUUCAUUGCUCUAGUGGUAUUCUGAAUCUUGGAUAUAAGGCUGCUUUUCUCUCAGAGUCGUUGCAGUUUGGACUUGUCCCUGAUGGAUACAAGGGUCAUUUGAAGCAACAUCGACAAUGGAAACUUGGCGGGCUGCAGAUCGGACUCGCGAUGAAGUUUGGACUAUUCGGCAAACAGGUAAAGGGAAUGACUUGGAACCAACGGCUCUAUUGGUUUUUCUAUCCAUUCAAGGCUCUCACAAGCCCCUUGGUCACGCUUGGUCUCUUCACCUCUCCUCUGUUCAUGUUAGCCGACAUUCCUUUGAUUAUCUAUGAUACUCCAGCAGACUUGAAGCAUCUGACCCAGACCUCCGCUCUAGCAUUUCUUUGCGCAUUUUUCUUCAAAUGCCAUAUCGCAGCUUUGACGGGGUUUAAGGCUUCUCUAAUGGAGAACUGUAAUGACAUCUGGAUGGCACCAUAUCACACCGUGACGCAAAUGCGGACCUAUAUCCUGCCAAACUGGCUUGGAGGCAAACUUUUUACGUUCAUUCCAACGGGGACCAUUCCAAACGAACUGAACGAGAGGAGCAAAGCUAGGAGGUCUCCUCUGUACCACCGUCUUAGAUUAAUCCUAUUAACCCAUGGGGCUAUCUUCCACUGCCUCUACAGCCUCUUUUGCUUGGUUGCUGUUGGGUUCAUCGUCUCGAGGGCUGUUACCAAUUACCGCGAGGACCCCGUCGGACGGAAUGUCUAUCUGCUGACACAUUUGGGCUGGAUACCUCUCCCGUGGUUCUUUUCGGCUUUUGCUUGUCUCACUCCUCUCAGAUACGCGAUUUUUCCACCGACGGUCCCUGAGCGAGAGGAUCUCUUGGAGAGAGAUCCACAGACAAACGUGGCGUAUCCCAUCAAAGAGGCACGCCGUGUACGAUGGGAGUUUGAGAUCAUCGGAUUUCAGAACCUCUACAUUGUUGCAGCAAUCUACUGUGCUGGUCUCCUGUAUGGCACAUCAAUGUGGUGAAGCUGCCCAAAGGAGUGUUUCUGUUUUAGCUUAAGCACAUCUGCAUUACAUAUUUGUUUGGCUCUUCUUCGAGAGAUAUUCAGAUACGGCGCUUGAAAGUCG